CGCCAAACAGCGCACCGUCUUCACCGAACACAAGCAGCAUGCUGUCAAUGUGGCUAGUCCCAGACGGUCUCGAGACUGGGUAAACACUCGAACAUAGAUGUUAUCUACAAUCGGCGCCAGGCCAAACGGCUGGCAUCCGGGCGAACGCGCUGUCCAAAGCCUGCUAGCACUUCCUCAGCUCGUCCCUCCCACCGCGAUCGUCCAAGCGCUUCCUAAGCAGCACGCGAUAUUUCACUCUACAAGACUGCAUUUCGUACCUGUCACGACGCUGGACUGUGACUCUCGGCCUUGGACGUCGAUCCUUACCGCUCCAGAUGGCACGACUGGGUUCAUCAGCAGCUCAGCGGAGACUAGGCUCACCAUCGAUGCUGGGCUUUGGCCAGGGGAUCCCAUAGCGAACAAUCUCACUCAGAGGAGGAAAGACGGAGAGAAAGUCCUCGUGUCUGGUGUAGGGGUUGAGUUGAGCACGAGAAGGCGGAACAAGUUUGGGGGACAUGUCAUUGAAGUUGCGUUGGAGGAUAUGCGUCUACACCUCGAGAUGCAUGUGAACGAGGCUCUGGGACAGUGUCCGAAGUACAUCAACAUCCGCACGCUCGCCUCUCAUGUAGACACAUCGCCCAAGGUGGUCUACAACCACCCCCACAUGAGCACAAACGAUCGUCUUCCUCCUGAAGCCAUCUCCAUCAUAUACAGCUCCGACACGGUGUAUCUCUCCACCUCGUAUGUCGCUGCCCCGGGAGACGAAGAACGCUUUCCAUCUCAUGUUGGUACGAAUCAUCGGGGUGGUCGAGUGGGGUUUGUCCGCGUACGGCCAAGUGAUGGAAGGACGCUAGUACUGCCUAACUAUUCUGGAAACCGCCUCUUGAACUCGCUGGGGAACAUCCACGUCACCCCUCUCGCCGGGCUCACAUUCGCCGACUUCGUCUCCGGCUCCAUCCUCUACCUCACAGGUCAUGCAAAGACCUUAUGGGGCGCACCAGCUCAGGAACUCAUGCCCGGCUGCAACAUCCUCACCACUAUCACCGCAACCGGGUAUGUAUUCGUGCAGAAUGCACUACCAGUCCGGCUCGCCCCUGGCAUACAAGUUGAGAAAAGCCCUUAUUGUCCUCCUAUCCGCUAUUUGGCGGAAGAAGACGCCCCAGCGACGAUCCCGACUGACGUCGACCUCCAGCUGAUCAGCGCCACACUCCACACUUCAAACCUAGGCACGUUUACGUUCGAAGCUGCUCAUCCGCUUCGUGUGCUUCCAGCUCAGAGCGCAGUCUUCGACCUCUCCGACUUUAUUCGGCACCAGGCACGCACGUUUAUCCCUUUUGUGGACGACCCAAGACGGGAGAACGACGACUGCGUCAGGACAUGGACGAUCUCUAUCCCUACUUCUCCUCUCGCGCUAAACGUCUUCUCUAUCACGAUCCGAGAAGUCACCGCUGGCCUCGCCACGCAUACGCUAUUCGAGGUAGCCCGGAAGUUGAACGGCCCGGAUCUGACGGGAUUCGUAGACCUCCGUUCGUACAACAUCACCGCCAAACUAAGGAGUCUUGGUGCAGACCAUUACGCCCGGGACCCUGUUCCCGCUGCCAGGGGCGGACGACGCCUGCUUUGGGCAGGAGGAGGAAUAGGAAUCACCCCUUUUCUCAACAUGCUGGAUCAAGUUGCUCAGCUCGUCCGUGCCUCACCUGGCUCGGGAGCGUGGGAUAUCGUCCUGGUCGCAUCGACCCGGGAACCCGAUGUCAUCCUCCACCUCAUAUGGCGCUCACUUUCCUCAGUCCAUGAUGCUCCCACUACUGAUCUGAAGAUCGCUGUCCAUCUGUUCUCU